AUGCUGCAGAAAUACCAAGAUAGAUUCCAAGGAAUUCGACAAGCGCAAAGAGAUAUUGAGAUACACCUUCCAAUGACAGAGAAUACAACGCCAGUCGCACAGAAACCAAGACGUGUACCGUACCACUUAGACAUUAUCGAGAAAGUGCACGAACACGAAGCAAUCAGAUGGUGUUCACCACUCUGGUGCAACCAAAACCAAAGAACCCCAAAGACAUUCGAGUCAGUCUGGACCUACGAUUUUGAAUCAAUCUAUGUCACAUACGAGGCAUGUACGGUCUUCAGCAAGGUCGAUCUCAAUCACGGAUACCACCAGUUUGCCCUCGAUGAAGAGUCAAAGAGGGUUAUGACGUUCUCAACACCUUGGGGGAACUAUCGUUAUAAGCGUCUGGCAUUUGGAGGGGUGAACAGCCAGGAUGUUUUUGACGAAGAGAUACCCAAGAUUAUAUCUGGCAUACCACAUGUUCUCAAUAAUCAGGACAAUAUUAUGAUCUCAGAAGCGAAGUAUAUGAAGCGGAAGGAAUAG